UGCUAAGGCAUCUCUUUCUCCCUCUCAUUCACAGACUCUCUCUCUCUCUCUCUCUUUCUAUAUCCCUCUAUCUCUGUCUCUAGAGUUAUUUUAAUCAUGAAAGAAACCAAGAAGUAGACGCCAUGCCGCAAAAAGCUUGGAGGAUACUUGAAAGAGCAGAAGGGAAGGCUUUACAUCAUCAGAAGAUGUGUGGUCAUGCUCAUUUGCUGGCAUGAGUAACUUGCAACUUAUAUGCGUUAUAUUUUCAUGCAUAUGUAUAUGUUGGUAGUACAACAGUUUGAUUGAAGAAAGGGAUCGGAUCUUUGUGGUUGUGGCGAUUUGAGAUGUGAGUGGACUUCGCAAGCUGGAGAUAUAUUUCCUGAGUUGUUACUCGAUCAUCAGUUAGGAUAAUAACUUGUGAGUUAGUAUGAAAAGUUAUAAGUAGAAUCUUCUUUAUUAUUGUUUGUGUAUGAUAUAUAGCUAGAGUAAGGAGAGACAAAUUAUAAUCAAAGUUUGUAAAUGCUUACAGAGAGUAGUUGUGAGAGGGAUUUCCUCGUCUCUAACUCAAGUCUUUCAUGUUGUUGUGGCAUUUAACAAUAAUAUGUUAUAAAGAUUAAUUACAAGUAUAAGUUAUAAGAACAAAUUAAUAA